AUGCCCGCGGCUGUUCUCGACAUGUCAUCUACACCAACCUCACAAAGCGCCAUGGACGCCAACGACAAGAAGCGUAACAAGCUGGGAUAUCAUCGAACCUCCGUUGCCUGUGUGCAUUGUCGACGACGCAAGAUUCGCUGUCUUGUCGCGCCAGAUGACACCGAAGGACGAUGCGAAAACUGCAUCCGAUUGCGAAAGGAUUGUCAAUUCUUCCCCGUCGAUCAACAACCGCCUAUUGAGAAGAAAUCCCGCCCAAGCUCAAGAUUGGAGACCCCGUCUACCGAGCGUUCGGCCACUACACCAAUUGCUUCAUCCCCAAAUAACCUGGUCCCCGAGACCGCCGACACCUUCUAUUCAUACCCAGCCAUGGCCAUGGAUACCCCCACCGCUCCGGACAUGUCAACGUAUAAUGUUGGCAUGGUGCAAACUAACAUGAGUCUAACACCUGACCGACCAAUGGGACCUGGAGACUUCACUGGACAUCAACCGAUGGAUCCAGGAGUCGCAUGGGACGAAUUUACGACAAUAUCAGACCCCCAAUUAUUGAAUACCAUGACCAACGGAAAGGGCGCCAUGAUGAAUAUGUCUCCCAAUAUGUGGACCGGAGGCAACAUGCCCUCUGGACUCCCACCACCCUCACCGAUAUCCGCCGCAUCCCCAAUGGGAGCUCAAGCGCAGCCCAUGACCCAGACGCCAACAUACGCCAUGCAACCCGACGGAACCGUUUGGCAGGUCCCUCCUCCACCACCGCGCACAAUGAGCUACCCAGGCCAGGAAAUGGGCCCGUCCUACACCAACCAGUUCCACCCGCAAAUGCCCCCGGAGCUCAAACGCAGAAUGACCACCCCAGCCCAGCCAUUGUCUGCGAAUGCAAUGGGCGCCCCCACCUCCCCCGGCGGCCCCGACAUGACCCCCGGCUCCGUUUCGUACCCACCAGGCAUGAACUAUCCCCAAUGGCAAGAUAUGAAUGCCAUGUCCGGCAUGGGCGUCGUCCCUUACCCCAUGUAUGCCGGCGACGCUGUGCCCCAACAUCCUUACCCUUCCAGCCAUCCGAUGGGACAUCCUGGGGCUUCGGGUCGGUCACCCAAUUGA